AUGACUAGUCAAACCAAGCUACCCACGAUCGAAAAAUACAAAUCGAUUAGAAAAGACAAGAAAUGGAUUCCCAUUAAACCUCUACCCAAUGCCUUUGUAGUGAACAUUGGAAACAUUUUGGAGAUAAUGACUAAUGGCAUUUACCGUAGUGUUGAGCACCGAGCAAUAAUACACUCCACAAAGGAGAGGCUCUUAGUUGCAGCAUUUCAUAACCCUAAAGUAGGUGUGGAAAUAGGUCCAAUACCUAGAAUGAUUACGCCAGAGUCACCCGCCUUGUUCAAAACAAUUGGGUAUGAGGAUUAUUGUAAGAAAUAUUUUUCUCGUAAACCCGAUGGAAAAUCAUCCCUUGACUUUAUGAAGAUAGGAGAAGGUAAUGAAGACAACAAGGCUACAUGA